CUAAUAAACUGUUGUUAUUUUGUAUAUGUGUAGAGAGUCGGUUGACAUUAGAAGGAUAAGGGGCAGGUCACAGUAUCCUCGUAUAUGUAAUGAAAAUAAAAUUAAACAUUAUUAGUCACAAAAUUAUAUCAUGAAUGCAACAAUAAUGAAGGUAUUGUUUUAAAUGUUAGUAAUAGGGGUACAGAAUAACCUCGUAGGUCAGCCAAACGAAUCGCCUAUUGUUUGCAUUAUUGAAAGACAAAUAUCAAAGUCGAAAUAAAAUUGAUAAAAAUAAAUUGAAUGAACUUCUCCUCUUCUCUUUUCCAAAAAGUUAUCAAGUGGUACAGUUGGUUGUUAUUCAGUUUUUCCUUUUUUUGUCGUCAUGAUUGCGAUAAUUAUUUUACAUGUGGUUUUUGGUAUGAGUCUAUCUCAGGACACCCCGUCCUGUAACUGUAAAGACGAUUUUGGAAUGGCUUUCUGUUAUAAUGUACGAGCUUGUCCGGAGUUUGUGACCAUUGCCCAGGUUGAGUGCGCAAUUAAAGAAAUCAUUGUUAAAACGAACACAUCGCUGGACCAAGUACUGAUCCACGGACAAUGUACCAACAUAUCGGCGUACAAGCGAUUUUGCAUGCAAGCAAUUAAAGAAAUAAAGAUGCAGGCCACCAGCGAAAGUUUCCUCUGUGCAGAAAUGACGACAUUAUCCUCGACCAUGCCGAGAUUCAGUGAGAAACAUGUAACACACGAGAGGAAGUCGUCAAGCUCACACCAGAACUUUACGACGACUGACGCGACCACACAAACUUCUGUUAUCAGUAGCACGCUUAAUAAUAGUAUCGCGCUUAUUAAUAAUAGUAGCAUGCACAAUAAUGACACGUCUGCAUUUAAUAGUACACCCAUCCCGCAUGACUAUACUAAAUCUCUGACGUCACCUGUAACCACUAUUACAUUGCAUGAAAGUACACCUCGAGCGCAUUCAGUAGAACAGACCACCCCAUUUACCAAAUCCAACAACACUAUGCCUCACACGACCCGCUUUAAUACAAAUGUCACUCUAUCCUCUGUAAAUACUGACGGACUCGACGACUACCGACUUGUACGCUGAAAUGAGCACCAUCAGUUUGAAAAACAUUGAGGCUCGCGGUACGAAAUACGACAAACUGUAUUACAUAUAAUUCUUUAUACC